UCAAGUAGACGACAAAUAGAAAAAUAAAAAAUACGUGAAAAGGAAAAAUCCACGAAAAAAAGUUUAUUAUUCUUUUUUCCACUACAAAAAGUUAUCAAAAAAUAGUAAAAUUAUUAAGAAAUUUUAAGUGUUUCCAUGCAGAAAACGUAUUCAAUAUGAGUUUAUUAAAUUCUUAUAAAAUUGAACAGCAAAUUGUUAAGUGAAAAACAAGUCAGAAAAAAAUUCUUAGAAAACAGUGAGGUGCGCACAGUUUGGAAUAAGAAAAAGCAGAAAAAAAAGAAAGGAAUUUAUUUUUCAUCCUGUAUUGGACAAAUAUUAACGAUAAAACUAAGUGUAGAAACGUUUAAUAUAAAUUAAGAAUAAGUCUUUAUUGUUUAUUCUAUUUUUAGCAAUUGUUUAAGUUCUUCGGAGGUAUAUAUUUUUGCUUAUAGCCAACGUCUUGCCUAUUUUAUAUUCACAACAAUAGAAAAUGGCACCGUUGGCAGGUCCAUCAUUUUCCAUAGAUACCUGGAAAAAUGAUCCACCAGAUGUGGAACUCAAAUGUUUUCUACCGAAUGGCAUAUUUCUAACUCUGAGUGUACCCGCUACUGCCACCAUUAGAGAAAUAAAAACGGAAAUGGUUAAACAAUCAAAAAAUUAUCCACUUCACAAUCUUAUCAAAGAUGCUUGCGAUUAUGAGGUCAGUGGUAUAUCGGCCAUUGCACUAGUCGAACCAUUUACAGAUGAAACAAAACGUUUAUGUGAAGUUCAGCCUUAUUUCUGCCUUUUGCGCUUGGGCGAACGCAGUGAAACUACUGCAAUUUCCAGUGAUUAUGAGCUAUCGAAAUUGGUGAGUAAUAUGAUUGGUAAAUCAUUCGAAGACUAUAGUGCGCAGCGAAGUCCCGAAGAGGAUGAUUUCCGGCGUAAAAUGACACUGUUAUGUGAUGAAAUCGAAUUGGAGCGUUCCAAAUAUCGCUGGACAGAUAAAUUGUUGUACGAGCAUCCGUUACGUUUGGCAAAUAAUCCCGUAAUGCCGGAAAUAAUACGUACACGUUUUCGCAAUUCAAAUUUUUUAGUUGUUGUUAAGUUGGAAAAUGAUGAAACCUCAUUUACGAUCUCUGUCAGUGAUCAGCAUACACCACGAACUCUGGUAGAUUUGGCUCUAUCGAAAGUUCGUAAAUCUCAAAUAAAAGUUAGUGAUCGAGCAUCGGACUACAUAUUGAAAGUGCGCGGUCGUGACGAAUACUUGUUUGGUGAAUAUCCACUAAUACAAUUUAUUUAUAUACAGGAAAGCCUUUCUGGUUCAGAAGUUCCCAAUGUUGUACUCAAACCCAUACAUACCCUACCUUCAUAUAUUAGCUAUAAACAGGAAUUAUAUGCUGCCCCCAAGAGACCACCAAAACCCGAAAGUCUGCGCCAUCAAUCAAAUGAAAUGGUAAAACGAAAAAUAAAAAGUUCAUGGGAAAUCGACAGUCAUUUUCGUUUGCGACUGCAUCGCAUUGAUAAUGUUAACUGUGAUUUGGCCAGAGGCAUUAAAGUUGGCGUACACAUCGGUCUCUAUCAUGGCGAGCACAAGUUGUGCGCUCAACAUUCGGUCGACAUUGCCAGCAGUAAUAAUCGUUCAUUUACCUUUGACAAGGACAUUGUCUUAGAUAUUCCCCUACAAAACUUGCCACGCAUGACUCGACUCUGUAUGGUGAUCUAUGAAGUGACAAAGACAUCACGUUCGAAGAAACACUCAAACGCUAGCAAAGAGAAUACAAUAUUAAAAGACGGCAAUGUUAAUGUCAACUCGUUGGCCUGGGUCAAUACCACACUAUUCGAUUAUAAGCAUCAAUUGAAAACGGGAUGUCAAACGCUACACACCUGGACGUAUGCCGACGAUAUACAAUCGGAUGAGAUAUUUCAUCCGUUGGGCACCAUUGAACCAAAUCCACGUAAAGAUGAGUGUGCUGUGGUACAACUCACAUUCCAUAAUUACGGUUACGAUAAUAUACAGUAUCCUUCGGAAGAGACAGUCCUACAAUAUGCCUCCAAAUUAGCUGCUUGCAAAGAGCCUCUCAGUCGCGGUUCAUCUCAGGAUGGAGCGGCUACCGUUAGCAAAGUUCUAUCACAGUAUUCACGUACUAUUAAUAAACUUUAUGAAAUGCACGAUCAAGAUCGUAAUGAUAUAUGGGAGAAGAGAUACGCCAUCAAACAAGAUGAACCCGAAGAGCUUUCUAUACUUUUACAUUGUGUUAAUUGGAAUGAACGCGAUGAAGUGGCCGAAAUGUGGCUGCUACUUAAAGAAUGGCCCAUUAUAUCUGUAGAACGUUCCUUAGAAUUACUAGAUUAUGCCUAUCCCGAUCCAGCAGUGAGAAAUUUUGCCAUUCGUUGUCUAAAUAAAUUAAAAGACGAGGAACUUUUGCUGUAUCUGCUGCAAUUGGUACAGGCAAUGAAACAUGAAUCUUAUUUAGAUUGUGCACUCACCACAUUUGUCCUAGAGCGAGCUUUGCGCAAUCAACGUAUCGGUCACUAUUUCUUUUGGCAUUUACGCUCCGAAAUGCAAACACCUUCAAUGCAAACACGUUUCGGUUUAUUGCUUGAAGCUUAUCUCAAAGGUUGUAAACCACACGUACCGCUGUUGCGCAAACAGCUGCAUGUUUUAGAGAAACUAAAACAGGGUUCAGUGCUAGCGAAAAAGGGCGGCAAAGAGAAAGUAAGAAAUCUGUUACAGGAAUUUUUACGCAAUCAGCGCAACAGUGGUGUCUUCCAAAGCAUACAGAAUCCCUUGAAUCCCAGCUUUCGCUGUAAGGGUGUUAAGCCGGAAAAAUGUAAAGUAAUGGACUCAAAAAUGCGUCCGCUGUGGAUUGUAUUCGAGAAUGCCGAUCAAAAUUGUAAUGAUAUUUAUAUAAUCUUUAAAAAUGGUGAUGACUUAAGACAGGAUAUGUUAACACUACAAAUGCUAAGGGUAAUGGAUCAAUUGUGGAAAAAUGAAGGCAUGGACUUUCGCAUGAACAUCUACAAUUGCAUUAGUAUGGAGCGCCGCUUGGGUAUGAUAGAAGUAGUGCUCAAUGCCGAAACUAUAGCCAAUAUACAAAAAGAGAAGGGUAUGUUUUCGGCUACAUCGCCCUUUAAAAAAGGCUCCCUAUAUAGUUGGCUUAAAGAGUACAAUAAAACCGAAGAGGAAAUGAACAAAGCCGUUAAGGAAUUUACUUUAAGUUGUGCUGGUUAUUGUGUAGCCACAUACGUUUUGGGUGUAGCUGAUCGUCAUUCAGAUAAUAUUAUGGUUAAACGUAAUGGUCAACUUUUCCAUAUUGAUUUUGGCCAUAUAUUGGGUCAUUUCAAAGAGAAGUUUGGUGUGCGUCGUGAACGUGUACCAUUUGUUUUGACACACGAUUUUGUGUAUGUCAUUAAUAAGGGUCGUGCCGAUCGUAUGGCUGAAGAAUUUCUUUUAUUCCAAAAUAUGUGUGAAAAGGCAUUUUUGGUUUUACGCAAACACGGCUGCCUUAUACUUUCACUAUUUAGUAUGAUGAUAUCAACGGGUUUACCAGAAUUAUCAUCUGAAAAAGAUUUAAAUUAUUUAAAAGAGACUUUGGUUUUAGAAUAUAGUGAAGAAAAAGCUCUUGAACAUUUCCGUUCAAAAUUUAGCGAGGCUUUAGCCAAUUCCUGGAAAACUUCACUAAAUUGGGCUUCUCAUAAUUUCUCCAAAAAUAACAAACAAUAAAUAGAAAAUUUUGAAAGCGAGAAAUACUUAUAAAUCUUAAAUCCCAACCUCAAAUCAUUUACCAAUCACAACAAACACUGCAUGAUCAUCUCGAAAAGAAAGA